AUGGAGCUGUGUGGACCCACCGUGAGUGACAGUGGAGGCUCUCUGUGCCAGGUGAAGCAGCUUCCCUGUCACAGCGCCCCCCUCUGUCGCCUGCAGGCCAGCGCACACCACUUGCACAACCUCCCCCACCUCGCCCAGCAGCCGUGGGUCAACCACCUGACCCCGGCCAACGUCUCCAGCCCGGCUGGGGCAAUCCGACAACGGGUAAAUGGAGCAACGUCGGCAAGCUGCGGCAGCCCAGAUUGUGCGGCCCCCAGGCUGGGAGAGGAGGCGGCGAUGGCCCGGGGUGUCUCCAUGGGGAAGGUGUUGGUGACGGGGGGAGGAGGGUACUUUGGCUUCCGGCUGGGGAGGGAGCUGGUCCUCCAGGGGAUGUCAGUGAUCCUCCUGGACAUGAACAAGCCCCCCUGUGAUGUCCCUGAUGGAGCCGUAUUCUAUCAGAGUGACAUCAGAGACUAUCCCUCCCUUUACAAAGUGUGUGAAGGUGUCGACUGUAUAUUCCACACAGCGUCUUAUGGCAUGUCCGGACCAGAACAGCUGAAGAAAGAGCAGGUGGAGUCAGUCAACGUUGGAGGAACUAAUAAUGUUAUCAAUGUGUGUAAGGAGAGGAGCAUUCCCCGGCUGGUGUACACCAGUACCAUCAACGUGGUGUUUGCUGGGAAGCCAAUUGAGGAUGGUGAUGAGGAGUCGGUGCCGUAUGUGGCCCCCGACGUGCACAUUGACCACUACUCCAGGACUAAAGCCAUCGCAGAGCAGAUGGUGCUCUCAGCCAACGGAUGCUCCCUGAAAGGUGGUGAGCUGCUGCAGACCUGUGUCCUGCGACCCUGUGGCAUCUAUGGACCGGAGGAGAGGAGACAUCUCCACAGAGUGAUGGUGAACGUGGAGCGUCGGUUGUUCAGUUUCCGCUUCGGGGACCCACAGGCCAGGAUGAACUGGGUCCACGUCGACAACCUGGUGCUGGCCCACACGCUGGCGGCCGAGGCCCUCACACUGAAGAGGAGCUGUGUUGCUAGUGGACAGGCCUAUUUCAUUAAUGACGGAGUCUCAGUCAACCUGUUUGAGUGGCUGACACCUUUGUUUGAAAAGCUGGGCUACAGCAGACCGUUGAUAAAUCUGCCAGUUUCACUGGUCUAUUCAGCAGCCAUCCUGGUGGAAUACUUGCAUGUCGUUCUGAGGCCGGUGAUAAAAGUACCUCUCCUCUUUACCAGAAGUGAGGUGAGGACCAUUGCUGUGAGCCACACCUUCAAGAUCGACAAAGCCCACAGGGAGCUGGGUUACUGUCCGAAGCCGUACAGCCUGGAGGACUCCGUGGAGCAGUACCUGAAGUCCCAGCAGCCUCGCUCCACCUCACCUCUCCUCGACCUCUCCUGGAGCUCCCAGCUGCCCCGGCACCUUGUGCUGCUGCUGCUGAUGAUGAUGGGUUUCACUCUGCUGCUGGCGUUGUCCUGCUUACUCAAUCAGAGCUGA